AUUUGAACAAAGAUAUUAAAUCCAAUUCUGACAUUACUUUAAAAGAGGAUCCAUAAUUAUAUUGUCAAUAUGAAAGAAAUUAUGAAUCCCAUAAUACUGAUUUAAUUGUAAUUCCAACUCCAUAAUCAAAAAAUAAACUCAAAGCUGUUGGAAAUAUGUUUAUGGGAAUAUGGAGAUUACAAUAAAAUAUUGUUGAACCUAUCACAUCUACAGUAAAAUAGAACUAAAUAAAAUUAGGAAUAAUUUUAUGAUAAUUUUGGAUCUACUUAGCGUUAUUUUAAUAACAAAAACAAUUAUAAAUAGAUUCAUCCAGUUACAGAUUCUUAGGAUCUUCGAUUAAUGGAUAUUUUUAAUUAAUUCAAAUUAGUAUGUCUCUUUACUUAAUAUUCUACAUCUGGUUCAAAUGAAGACAUUUAAAAUAUGAUAAAGAUUCUAUAAAGAGAUCCAAAACGGUAAUUAUUAAUAUUAUUCUAGUAAUCUGACUAAUCCUCAAGAUCCAAAUCAUAUCAUAAAUUCAUUAAAUUAAUAUGGUCAAAAUGCCCUUUAUAUUGCAUCCAAGAAUGGAAAUAUUCAAGUUAUCAAAUUUUUAUUAUCUCUUGAAUGCAAUAUACAUAUCAAAAGUCGCAUAUUUGAUGAUCUCACAGAAAGUCCAUUAGAAGUUUCAUCAAGAUGGCAUCAUUUAGAAUGUGUUAAAUUGCUCUUGAAUUCUGGCUUAUAUAGUAAUUAAGAAUUGAGAUCAGCAAUUAAGGUAACUGAAAAUUAAGAAAUCAUCAAUUUGUUGAAAUUAAAUAUGACCUCUUCUCUUUUCUCCUGUUGUCUUUGA